AAGAAGCAGCAGUGCCUUCGGCUUGGUUGGGCCUGGUAGCCUGCUCCCAAGGCCAGGACGAAGUCCGCCUUGCCUCUAGCUUCAAAACGGAUAGACUGAUAGCCUGAACCUAGAGCUUGGCUUGUAAAAGCCCUCUAGCUCAUUAGGCAUCAAUCAUCAGAGGUGGAACUGAAGCCGACUCCAAUGGGAAGCUAAACCAGGAGCACAAAGGGGGCCUGGAUGUGGGUCUUGCACCACAGGUGGGGACCAUGUGCGGCUGGCCUGCAGCUCCAUCCUCCCUCCCCAUUGGCUAUGCUGGCCAGGGCUGAUGGGAGUUGCAGUCCACUUUAAUUUAGGAGACCCUACGUUCCCAUUUCUGCCUUACCCACAUUAACAGCGUCACUCCCUGAAGGAAAUGGGAUGGAGAAAGCGUCUCCCAGAACUUCCGGCUGGCUGCUGGGCCAUCUUGCUCCAGGGCGGAGCCCAGGGCCCGUCGGAGCCCUCUCGGUGUGCUUAAUGCAGCUGAAGACAUUUGUAUUCCCAGGUCAUGCUGGAAAGGAUGCGAAGGGGCAGAUUGGUCAGGCCACCGUUGCUUUGCAGGAAGGGUUUGGGGAAAGCUGUUUUGGGGAGUGGACCUCAGGCAUUAGUCCCAUUCUGGGCCACCUUCAGGGGAGCAAGUCUUGGCUGGGCUGGAAGAGCACACGCGGCAGGCCAUGAUGAAGAGGGACUUCCCUGAGCUGCUGGGAGCUCAGCCACUGACCCAGCAGCUGCCAGAGAAGGACUCCAGCAGCAGCGACAGCGAGGGGGAUGAAGAGACCACGCAGGAUGAGGUUUCCUCCCCUACUUCUGAGGAGGACGGCACAACGGCCACCGUGAAAACGGAACUGGGCUCUGGGGAGCUGCUCAGGCACAGCAAGCAGGUGACUCCGGGCCAUGAGAUGGGUUUCAGUGCCAGCCCAGACACCCUGAUGGGGCUCUCCAAGUGCCCCCUCUGCCAGCUGGACUGUGGAAGUCGGGAGCAGCUUGUCACUCAUGUCUAUCAGCACACGGCGGCCGCAGUCAGCGCCAAGAGCUACCUGUGUCCCGUCUGCGGCCGAGCACUUAGCACCCCAGGCUCCCUGGGCAGGCACCUCCUCAUCCACUCCGAGGACCAGCUGUCCAACUGUGCGGUGUGUGGGGCGCGCUUCACCAGCCAUGCCACUUUCAACAGUGAGAAGGUGCCGGAGGUGCUGUGUGGGGACGCCCUGCCGCUCCCGCUGCCCCAGGGCUCUUCCGGGGCCGAAGAGAAAGCUGCCACUCUCAGCCCCGCCGUGUACCCCGCCGGCAUCCUCCUUGUGUGCAACAGCUGUGUGGCUUAUCGCAAACUUCUGGAAGCUCAAGCCCCGGCUGUCCGCAAGUGGGCCUUGCGGCGGCAGAACGAGCCCCUGGAGGUGCGGCUGCAGCGCCUGGAGCGGGAACGGACGGCCAAGAAGAGCCGUCGAGACAACGAGACGCCCGAGGAGCGGGAGGUGAGGCGCAUGAGGGACCGCGAGGCCAAGCGGCUGCAGCGCCUGCAAGAGACGGAGGAGCAGCGGGCGCGGCGCCUGCAGCGGGACCGGGAAGCCAUGCGGCUCAAGCGCGCCAACGAGACCCCCGAGAAGCGGCAGGCCCGGCUGAUCCGGGAGCGCGAAGCCAAGCGGCUGAAGCGGCGGCUAGAGAAAAUGGACCUGAUGCUGCGGGCUCAGUUUGGCCAGGACCCUUCGGCCGUGGCCGCCCUGGCUGCCGAGAUGAGCUUCUUCCCGCUGCCGGUGGCGGGUGUGCAGCUGGACGGGCCGCUGCUCAGCAAGAUAGCCUUCGAGGAGCCCAGCCCCAGCGCCCUGCGCUGAGCGGCUCCUCACGCGGUACUGGGGACCAUGGAAGG